GUUUGUUCGUAUUGAUUGUUGUCUUUCUAACAAAAGUUUUUCAAAGUAUUCAAAUUUUAAACAACACUCAUUUAAAACCUAAAAUAAUGAACUCUAUCGUAACCAAUUAACAAGGAUUGUAAAAAUAUGUGAUCUUAGCAACAUGAAUAAGGAAAAUAACAGGAGUGCUGCAGGAUUGCGCCGCUCAGCAAUAGCUGAAAGGAUUCGCUUGAGAGAAGAAUGGUCUGAAUUAAAAGGUACUUCUGGUCAACCAUUAACUGCCACUAACAGCCAAAAGCAGACUUUAAUGAAGAAGCAUCCGGUCAAGUAUCGGAAUGCAAAGCAAAAUCCUGAAUGCUCUCAGCCAAGCAAAGUAAUUAACACAAGAUCAUGCCACAAGUCAGAUGUGAGCGAAGUCCUAAUGGGGGUGGUGGCUCUGGUGGAAGUUGGGUCGGAGCCGCGCGCGUUGCCGCUCCGCGCGGCGUUGUCAGCUCUCGGAGCCACCGUAGUGCCUGCUUGGACUCCCAUAGUAACACACGUCGUGUGGUCACAAGGCGGUUGUCGCUCGACCCGCGCCCGCGCACGCGCGCUAGCGUCGCGUAUAGUGUCACCUCUAUGGGUGGAAGCGUGUGCGUCAGCUCGGACGAGGUUGCCGGAACAAACCUUCCCAGCGGCUGCCAGACCUUCGGACCUUCCAUCGCCUAGGACGCUGAGACAGCUACUGAAAAAGGCGGAAAUGGAAAACAUACCAUUACUAGAUCUCUUGCCCGACAAAGACAAGGAAGGCAAGACUGCUCGCCUUCGUCUCUCCAGCGAGACCGAAGGCGAUACGUCCACGGACAUCACGACGGACCAGUCGCGAGACAAGUCGACUGAUACGUCGCACGACAAGACGAUUGACACGUCGAGAGACAAGUCGACUGAUAAGUCGCGCGAUACCACUCACAACAAGACGGAGACUCGCGUUAACACGGCGCCUAGAAGAGCAAUGCCUAUAUCCAUAAGCCCGCCUCGUCCGACAAAAUCUCGUAGAAAACUGUUCACUAACAGGGAAGCUGAUGUCUCUAAAAACAAGGGGUCUGAAGAGGAAUCUGAUCAAUCGGAGGGCGGUAGUAGGAAACCAGUAACUCGAGUAAGAGUCCCCAAACCGAGUACUCGCGACCGCCGCGACUUGGCACGAGCGGAGCGGAUGGCCAAGCGUUUAGUCGCCGCUUGUGCGCCCGCUGUCGCUCGUGCGCCAGCCCUCACUAACGCCGCGCAACCGAGGAUUGUAUUGACCGGUAUGAGUAGAUCGGAGAGGCGUUCCGUUACAGAAGCUAUACGUUCCCUGAACGGACGUAUACAGAGUAGAGUGAAUAAGUCUACUACGCAUGUGUUGUUGGGGUCGUGCCAACAAUCCCCUGCCGCGGGGACCAACCCAGGGAACGAAUGCAAUAACUCAGCUGAAAGUGUAGUCCAUCGCAGUGACAUAAUCAAGGCUCGUACUUUAAACGCUUUACUGGGAGCGGCCAGAGGGACCCGCGUACUGUACGCUCGAUGGGGAAUCGAAUCCGCGACCCGGGGGCAAUGGCUCCACCACCACGAGUACAUAGUGCCACAUUUGAAGAAGAUAGCUGAGAAAGCGCGUAUAGAACGCACAGCACUAGGGCGUCUACAGUCUGAAUACGCAUACGACGUAUUCAGUGGGAUGCGAGUGAAAAUUACACCGGAAGCGGAACAAAGGGAUGCAGCUAUACAACUGUUAAAACUCUGCGGCGGCUUCGUACAAGAUGGCGGCACUCAACAAAAUGGCGACCACGAUUUGACUAUAGGAGUGGGGGACGGGGAAGUCAAUUCCAAAUGGGUUUUUGAUAGCGUUGCCGCAGCUAGAAUGAGGACCACAAGAAGAUAUGUCAAUAAUACUAUAUCUAACACUUUUGUCACACAAACUACGGAUAGAUAACAUUAUAUCAAUGCCGCGUCUGAUUUUUUUUAUAGAUAGUUCCGACAAACUUCACUUCACCCC